GUGAUUUUUUGUGAAGAAAGAGUACUGUACUGCAUAUUUCAUUAAAACUAUACAUCAUGUCAUCAAAGCGCAAUAAGUCAUCUCAACUUAAGAUUUGCUGCUUCUGCGGGUUAUCACAGAAUAAUGAAUUGGAAUUUGGAAGAUUUUAUGAACAUGGUGAAAUUGUUACACAUUAUUAUUGUUUGCUUUUAUCAUCAAAUAUGCAACAAAGGGGAAAGGAUGAUCAAGGUAUUUUAGGAUUUCUAAAAAAAGAUAUGCAAAAGGAAAUUCGUAGAGGGAAAAAAUUGGUAUGUUCAUAUUGUAAGAAAACUGGUGCCACUUUGGGGUGUUGUAAUGUAAAAUGUAAAAAAAUAUUUCAUUAUCCAUGUGGGCUAAGGGCUGGAACCUUAAAUCAGUUUUUUGGUGAAUUUAGGUCAUAUUGUAAACGUCACAGACCAAAGCAGAAAAUAGAUACUGCGGUAAAAGAUAAAUUAGCAAAAACUAACGAAGUAGUAUGUUAUAUAUGUUAUGAUCAAGUGGAUCCACGUGAUAUAGUUAGUACAAUGUGGGCUCCGUGCUGUAAAAAAAAUGCAUGGUUUCAUAGAAAAUGUGUUCAAGAACUUGCUAUGAGUGCUGGAUAUUUUUUUAAAUGCCCUUUAUGUAAUGAUAAGAAAUUAUUUCAAAAAGCAAUGUUGGAAUUUGGUAUUUUUAUUCCAAGUCAAGAUGCUUCUUGGGAACUUGUACCUAAUGCAUUUCAAGAACUUUUAUAUAGACAUGAUCAAUGUGAUGCUCCAAUAUGUCUUUGUCCCAAAGGUAGAAAAUAUACAGGUUCUCAUGCAAAAUGGAAAUUAGCUCUUUGUCGAACUUGUGGUUCUCAAGGAAUUCAUGUGGCUUGUGGAGAGUUAAAAUGGCCUAAUUCUGUUUGGGAAUGUGUAGAGUGCAUUUCUAUUCUAGGUAAAUCUAAAGAAAUUGCUAGUUCAAGUACAAUAAGAGAUAAUUUACAGAAUGUUUCUGAUUCUGAAGAUUCUGAUAGUGAUAUUUCUGUUGGUAAAGAUUCACCUAUACCAUUCACAUCAAACUUACCAUUUAUAAGCUCUACACCUCAGAUGUCAAUGAGUAAAGAACAUUCUGGUCCUCGAACUUUGAAAUUAAAACAACUUCAAGAAACUAGAGAAAUGCAAAACAACAACAAGCAACAAACUAGUGAAAGUGUAAAUAUGACAUUAAAUUCAGCAAAUAUGGAGCAGCAUAACUUGUCUGCAAGUAACAAAGAAGUUUUUAUGAAUAUAUCAAGUUCGGUAACAGAUCCAAUAUUAUAUAAUGAUGCAAAUAGUUUCAAUUCUUCAAUUCGACAUUUCAAAUCACGAUUGGAUAAAGAAGCGAAUAACAUUAUUAUGCUUGAUAGAGAUGAUAAUACUAUAGAGGUAACUAAUUGUACUCCAUUAAAUGAUACUGAAGAUAAUAAAAACAAAAAAGAUAAUUUAUCUCAACAUAAAAGCAGUAUUAUACAUAAUUCUAGCCCGUCAGAAAUAGGAAAAUUGUUACAAGAAAAUUAUUUAAGUCAGAAUGAUAGUAAUCAUUGUUUGAUAAAUAAUUUAAAUGUAACUGAAUUUGAUAACUUAAAGAAAUACAGUUUACAAAAUGAAAUAAAGUCCAAUGUUUCGGAUGAUAUAAUAAAAUUGAACCAAAAAACUGAAUACUCUUGUAAUGAUUUUGUUUCAAAUAUUAAAAUUACAAAUGUAGUUUCAUUGGCACCAAAAGAAUUUGAGAAUGUAUUACCUGUUGAAAAAGAGCAAAAAAUUAACAAACAAAUGUUACAAAGCAACAAGGAAUUAAUAAAUAGUAACGCAAUACCGCAACCUUUAUGUUAUGAACAUGAUAUUUUAGAAUCAAAUUUAAAAAGAAAACACGAUAAGACUACGUUGGACCCGGUUAUUUCAUUCAUAAAUGAAUCUAAAAAAAUGAAAAAGAAUAAUAGUGUAUCGGAAGAAACAUCAAAAUCAUCUAAUAAAAAUAAUUUACAAAUUAGUAAUAACAAUGAGGACAAUACUUCUGUAAAUGAAUUUAAUUUACAGAAUAAAGAAUUGCAUAUUCAAGUUAAACAAAAUUGCAAUAUUGAUAAAAACAUACAGUAUAUACCUAGUACAAAAUGUUCAUUACAAAUGAAUGUAUCAAAUAAUGUAGUAAAUAAUAAAACUGAAACACUUACAAUUUUAACAAAUGAAGAACAAACUUGCUCAAAUAUGAAUAUCACAAAUGGCACAAACAAAAUAUUUGAAAAUUUAAAAAUUGAUAAUAAGAUAAAAAAUUGUGAUGGGGAUACAGGCACCAUUCCUAUUGUUGACUCAAGGAAUAGAAGUACCACAAAUGAGACAAAAAGCAAUUAUGUUGAAAAAUCUAUCAGAACAAACCAUUCAAAAUCAAAAAAAUUACAAAUAUCAGAGCAAUGGAAAUGUCAAAAUGAUGUUGAAAUGGCCAUGUCAAAAUAUAGGACAUCAAAUAACAAAUUCAACAAUAUAUGCUGGCAAGAAAAAAGUAAAACCACAGAUUGUAAUUACUCUCGAUUGAUACCAGAAUAUGUAUGCUUACGUGAUCUUAAAUUUCGUGUACAUAAUAUAAAUAAUCUACAGAUGAUCUUAUAUGAUAAAUUUUCUGUAAAUAUUAAUAUGGAAUGUGUAACUUCUAUAGAGAAGAAUACUACAUUUAAUGCGUCAAUGAAAAAAACUGUACAGCAAAAUAUUUUUAAACCACAAAAUGAAACUUUUCCAAAUUUUAGAUCUGGAAACAUUUUACAAAAUAUUUCAUCUGAUUGUAAUAAAGAUAAAAGCACAUGCAUCUUUGUUAAUGAACAAUCUAAAAAUUAUCAUGAUGAUACAAAGGAGAAUCUAGAUCCAGUAACAACAAUUCCUUGCAAAAAUAUAUCAGAUAAUUUAUUAAUGAACACGACAUUAAUUACAAAUAAUAUAAAUGUUUCUAUAAGUAACAAUAAUCAAAAUGAGAAUAGAAAUUUGACGGUAUCUGUAUCUAAAACAAUUGAAAACAAUGAUGGAGGACGAAGUCAUGAAAAUAUCAAUUUGGUUGACAAUAUUGAAACUAGUUUCGAUGCCACCACAAGUCAUAACGAUUAUUAUAAUAAAAGCGUUAGUAAUAUAAAACCAAAUAUACAAAAUUUAAAUUUUGAUACAAACAGUACACGUGAAAUACAUUGCAUAGAAAAAGGUUUAGAAACAGAUUUUAAAGUAAGUAUUGACUUAAAGAAAAUAAAAAGUUUUGUUGAUAAUAAUCCAGAUUUGUUUUCAAAAUAUAAAAAGGAAAGUAAUGAAUGGUGCAUUGAACAAACAAAUUUUUUAAGAAAACGAAAUAAUAUACAAGAAAGAUUUAAUUUAUCAGAACAUAUAAAAAAUUCGGAUAUAGAUAAAUCAAAACAUAUUGAGAAAUUAUUUAUACUUAAAUAUUGAAUAACAGAAUUGAUAAAUCAUAAUACUAAAACUAUCAAAAAUAUUGAAAUUACUGAAAAAAAUUCGAUACACUAA